UUGGCAUAAUGAAGCUGCCUCGGAGCUUGGCGGGCUAACAGACCCCAGUGAGCAGGCUGUCAGGCUGCCAGGCGGCGGGGGGAGGACAAGGAGGGGACCCGAGGCUGCUGGGAAAAGAAGAAGUGCUGGAGAGGAAAGAAGGCAGAAAGAUAGGAAGAUCCUGUGGACUGUGAACCUGCUGCCACAAACCAACAACAAAGACUCAGCAGAGGACUGGGAAGAAUGGGAGCUGCUCAUGGAAAGAAGAAGGGCUACAAUAUCGACAACGAGCCUCCACCAAAGCAGCAGUGUGUGAAAAAUGGAAAGCACCCAAACGGCAAGGCUUCAGCGUAUGCAAACCUGCAACAGCACCAAUCUGAGGGCGUCCACAGGAGGCCGUCCCCAGUGUCCAGCUACGUCCCCCAGCCAGACUACCUGGAGGGAAACGAAGAUGACGACCUCAUCAAACCCAAAAAACUGGUGAAUCCUGUCAAAGCUUCGAAAAGUCAUCAAGAGCUUCACCGAGAGCUGAUGAGCAGCUGCAAACGCGGUGGCGCGGGGCUGGAGAUGAAGCCGGAGCUGCAGAGGGUUAUGGAGUCAAGGAAGAGAGAUCAGCUGAUCAAACAGAGGAAACAGGAAGACGAAGCUCACAGGAAGAUUUCACCUCUGGAGGCUGAACUGCUCAAGAGACACAAGAAGCUGGAGGAGCUGGAGAAACAGCAGGAGAAACAGCAGCAGGAAAACCUGAAAGCUCCAGAGUUCAUCAAAGUGAAGGAAAAUCUGAGACGGACGUCGUUUCACAAAGAGGAGAAGGAAGUGUAGAGACGGAGCCGCUGUCCUGCAGGGGACAACGGACUGAGAAGCAGACUGUCCACAUGCUUAUAGGAUUUGACGAGGACGCACAGAGGACAUACUGAGGACAGAAACACACUAAAGACAUGAGGACACACUGAGGAGACGGUGAAGACACACUGAGGACAUACUGUGACACAAAGACACUGAGGACAGGCUGUCCAGAGAGCUGGAUGUCCUCGCAGACUGAACACUUUGGGAGGAACUGAAUCGGUUAAUGAGGUAAAGACGAGGCGGCGGACAUUAACUCACCUGGAGCCGUUCACACCUGACUGCUGGAGGUCCAUGGUGGACACAUCACCUGACCUGUCCCACCAGGUGGACGACCAGAAACAAGCCGCUUUCAGCUCAGAAUGAAUGAAGGGCUGUGAUAAACAUUUGGUUUCCUGUCAGUUACUACACAGAACAAAACUUUCAUCAUCUAAUCACAAGAAUCCGAUCGAUGAUAAUCGUGUCUGCAGAAGUCACGUCCGGGAAAAGACAUCCAAGACUCGGGUCUUGGAAU